GUUCUGAAGCAACUGUGUUCUGCUUAGGAAACCAAAAAGCAUUUCAUAGCCAUUUAUGACAGCGGUAUCUCUCUAGGGCAUUGCAUUUCAACAACAUUAAGAAAUGCUUCAGGCAGUGUGUCUGAGGGGCCUUUUCCUGUUGUUGGUGGUAAGACAGGUCUACAUGGAGGAACAAUGUUUAAAACCUUCAGUAAACACAUGUGGAGACUGCAUCAAGUCCGGGUCCGGCUGUGCCUGGUGUAAAGAUUUGAAUUUCACCAAGGCUGGGGAGCAGGAAGCAGCACGUUGUAACACAGCUGCUAUGCUUAGAGAUAAAGGAUGUUCAUCCAGUGGCAUAAUAAAUCCUAAAAACGAUUUUAUAAAAACUAAAGACAAGCCUCUGGCUCCUGGUGCAAAUCCGGUGCAAAUCCAACCACAAGAAGUACAACUUAAUCUUAGACCAGGGUUGCCCAAAACUUUUCAAUUACAUUUUAAAAGGGCAAUAGGCUAUCCAGUGGAUCUCUACUACCUAAUGGAUCUCUCAUACUCCAUGAAAGAUGAUUUGGAGAAUGUGAAACCUGGAAAUAAUUUACUUACUGAGCUCACUAGAAUCACUGGCAAUGCCAGGAUAGGCUUCGGUUCGUUUGUCGACAAAACACUUCUUCCAUACACCGACACCAAUGAAGCGAAGCUCCAACGGCCGUGCUCGGAUAAAAGUGAACCAUGUCAGCCAGCAUUUGGCUUUCAGCAUGUACUUUCUCUGACAAAAGAUGGGACCAAGUUCAGAGAUAUGGUAGCCAAGCAGCAUAUAUCCGGAAACCUGGACCCCCCAGAGGGAAGCCUGGAUGCCAUCAUGCAAGUUGCAGUCUGCGUGAAGGAUAUCGGCUGGGGAAACAGCACUCGACUGCUUGUGUUGGCCACUGAUGACGGCUUCCACAUGGCAGGGGAUGGAAAACUUGCUGCCAUUCUGGAACCAAACAAAGAAACCUGUGAGCUGGUCAAAAACAAGUACAGCAAGAGCAACCUCUGGGACUACCCAUCUGUUGGACAAAUUGCUCGCAAACUGGAGGAGCAAAACAUACAACCCAUUUUUGCAGUCACCAAAAAAAUGGAAACUGUGUACACAGAGCUGAGCAAAUUGAUCCCUAAAUCUGCAGUUGGAGUGCUCUCUGAAGACUCGAGCAAUGUUGUCAAAAUAAUUGUGGAUGCAUACAACAACUUGACCUCUGAAGUGAUCUUGGCUCAUGAAGCUCUCCCAGACUUCAUAUCUGUGAAAUACACAUCAGACUGUAAAGGUGGAGAAAGUCCCAGUGAAAGGGGGAAAUGUGAUAAUGUGAACAUUGGUAAGGAGGUGAUUUUUAAUGUGACAGUAACAGUAGACAGAUGCAUUACCAGUCAGAGCUUCCUCAUCGGCCCACUGGGUUUUAGUGAAAAGAUGAGGGUGAACAUACGGACUCGGUGCGAAUGUGAAUGUGAUGAUUCCAAUCAACCUCAUCCUCACUGUGGGGGAAAUGGUAAAGUUGUCUGUGGCAGCUGCAGCUGUGAUCCGGGUUUCUUAGGACAGCGCUGUGAGUGCAAACUAGGCCAAAAGGAUGAGGCGUCAUUGAAAGCGCAGUGCCGGAAGGACAACGGGACCGAAUGCGAAGGCAAAGGAGAUUGUCUGUGCGGACGGUGUCAGUGCUAUUCUACAGACAGCGGUGGCAAUUUCUAUGGCGAAUUCUGUGAAUGCGACGAUGAACACUGUGAAAAAGCUAACAAUACACAGUGUGCAGGUCAUGGCAAGUGCAAAUGUGGUAAAUGUGAAUGUGAUCAGGGCUACGAGGGCCCAGCAUGUGACUGCGUAAAAUCAGAUAAGGAUUGCAUGACCGAUGAAGGUGUUUGUCAUGAACGUGGGAAAUGUGAAUGUAACGUGUGUAAAUGUGAGAGAGGAUACAGUGGGGCCAAAUGCAAAACGUGUUCUUCUUGCCAACGUCCGUGUAAAGAGUCAGGGAGUUGUGUUGAAUGUUUGGCCUUUGGGACCGGUCCGUUUGAGAAAAACUGCUCUAAAGCUUGUAACCAUCUGAAACAAGAGACGGUUGAAAGAUUGCUCAAAUACGACUGUCGAGUCAGAGACAAAGAGGGCUGCUGGAUGUUAUUUACAAUGACGGAACAGCGUGGAUUUGACAAGUACUAUGUCAAAGUUCUCCAAGCCAGAGAAUGUCCUGAGGGGCCAAACAUAGCAGCCAUCGUAGGAGGAUCUCUGGCAGCUGUGGCACUGAUUGGUCUCCUGAUCCUCCUCAUCAUCAAGGGAGUUCUGUAUGCAAGUGACCUUCGAGAAUGGAAGAGAUUUGAAAAAGACAGAAAACAUGAAAAAACAUCUGGUACCAACCCGUUAUUCCAGAAUGCUACAACCACAAUUCAAAACCCAACAUUUUUUCUGGAGAUUCGUGAAAAAACUUGUUGGUGCUAAACGCAUGAAGCACAGAUAAGAUGUGUAUUAAUGAAUCUAUGGGGUCUGAUGCAUGAUCAUUCAAUAAAAUAAAACAGCUUUAAACUUUUUUCAAUGUUCAGUGAGAUCUUUAGCAUCUUUAGAGAGGCGAAUGUUUGCAAUUUUUUUUACAUUUAUACAUUGGUUUUAAUGUUUAACGUCAUAAAAUGUAUUUCACAGUUUAACAUUAAAAAGGCUUUUUUAUGUUUUGUGUAAUGUAUAAAGACUGGCCACAAUAGUUUUAUUUUCGUACACAUAAAAAUAUAUACAGAGAAAUCAAAUUUUAUUCUUGUUGAGCUUUGAUGAAAAUGAAAUUUAGCCAGAGUCAUUUAUAAAUAAAUGCACCAUUCAUAGAAUAUGUGUGUUUGAGGGCUCUGUAAAUGUCUUAUAUAUAAAUAAAGCUGGAAAUACAACUGUA